GAUAAAAUAACAAUGUCAUUACAUGAAAGAUUUAGUCAAUCACAAGAAAUACUAAAAGAUUUGGCAAUAUUAAAUCCUGAUCGUUUAAUGGCGAAAGAUUCACAAAAUCUGCCCAGUGAUUGUUUUCAACACAUUUCACUGUGGCUUGAAAACAUCAAUACUGACCAACUCAGGACAGAAUAUAUUCAAUUUAAAAAUAAUAUUUAUGAACUUAUAAAUGGAUUAGAAUUACCUACUGAGAUUCAUGACGACACUAGCAAAGUACAAAAUACUGAGAUUGAUGAGAAUGAUGAUUGUUCAAGUAAUGACGGAAAUUUGAAUAUCAUGGAUGAAAAUAUUGAUUUGAAUAAAAAUGUAACUAUUAAAACUAUAAUUCAAUUAUUGACUAAGUAUGGACUUGACUCAGCCUUUCCUAAUUUGCACGUUGCGUAUAGAGCUCUGGCAACAAUUCCAGCAUCAUCUGCAUCAGCUGAAAGAUCUUUUUCAAAGGUGAAAUUGAUUAAAACAAGACUAAGAUCAACAAUGGGGCAAGGUAGAUUAGAAAGUCUCUUACUUCUGAGUUGCGAAAGAGAUAUUCCAAUAGAUAUAAAUAUUGUUAUUGAUAUAUUUUCACAGUCUUCAGAUCUCUUAAAAAAUGCAUUAACUUUUAAAUAAUACUACAUUUGAAGUUUGUCAUAAAAAAUGUCUGUUAUUGUCAUUGUUA